UGUGACCUAUCAGUCGCGUUGAAGAAGGAUUGAACUGCAACAACAACGAAUAUGGAGGUGCCUCCGUUCAACUUCACACCGGAGAGGUACUGGACGGAGGAGAAAGAGAGGGCGCUCAUUGCGUUUUUCUCCAAGCACAGCUGUCUAUGGAACCACAAGUCAGAGAGCUACAAGAACCGACAGCUGCGAUGGAAAACUCUGGAACACCUGAGGAUCCUUCUGUCAGCUCACCACCCACCGGUUCCUCUGACAGUGGAAGACAUUAAGAACAAGUUCAAGAACCUUCGUACCACCUUUCAGCGUCAGUACAAAAUGGUAAAAGCAAGCAAGGUGUGCAGGUCGGAUGACGUGUUCGUGCCUCAAUGGAAGCACUACCAGCAGCUGAUGUUCCUGCAGGGCUGCUGGGACCAGGAUGAAGGCCCUGAUGACCAGCCCAUCUCACCGCUGACUGUUCCACAGGAGGAGAGCCAGCCUGUCGUCUCCUCCCCGGGGCUGAUCAUCUCCUUCCUCCCCACCAUGUCCACAUCACCCACCUGCAUCCCCUCCAACAUGAUGGUUAAAUGUUACUGGACUGAAGAGAGGGAGCGUGCAUUAAUAGCGUUCUACUCCGAGCAUCACUGUCUCUGGAAGAAGAAGUCUGAAAACCACAACAACCGCCAGCUCAGACUAAGGCUCCUGGAGGCUCUGAGGAGCCAGCUGUCUGACUACUCAGUGUCUUUCUCAGUUGAAGACAUGAAGUGCAAGUUCAAGAACCUCCGGACGGUUUUCAACCGUGAAUACAAGGUGGUCCAGGCCAGCAAGGUUUCUGACAAACUCUACGUGUCCAAAUGGAAACACUACCAGCAGCUGCUCUUCCUCUGCGAGUCCUGCGACGAAGACGACAGCCUAGACGACCUGCAGACACUGAUGCCACAUGAAGUCAAGGAUAUGGAACAUGGAAACCAAACUCCCUCUUCCCCCCUGAGCAGCUUCUCCUCCAGCUCCACCCAAAUCAACAACAUCAAGUUCAAAAACCCCUCCCUUUCCUCCAGCGAAACCAAAACAAACACCAGCGCUGCAUACCAAAUCUUCCUCUCUGCGUUACCAGACAAUCUCAAACUAACCAGCCAAUCAACUGCUUCCACAUUCCCUGUGUCUCCGUCCAUUUCACUACCGGACACCAAACCUUGUACAAACCCCUCCCUUCUAAUCUCGGCUUCGGUUCAGCCCGACAGCAGAAUCAACACCGACUCCCGCUGCCAGUGGAACGAGGCCAAAGUGCAGCAGCUCAUAUCAUUUUACUCUGGGCACAGCUGUCUGUGGAACCACAAGUCAGACAGCUACAGGAACAGGCUGUUGAGACAGAGCCUGUUGGAGACGCUGAGCAGCCUUCUGUCUGACAGUGAAUCCGUCCCAUUCACAGUGGAAGACAUAAAGACAAAGUUCAGGAACCUGAGAACCAUCUUCCAACGUGAACACAAGGCGGUGAGCUCAAACAAAACCUGUGGUUCAGAAGACUUUUACCUUCCCAAGUGGAAACACUACCGCGAGCUGAUGUUCCUCUGCGACUCCUGCGAUGAGGACGAGCGGCAUGAAGACCUCCACUUCCACGAACCGCAGGAGUCUGCUCUCCUCCACCUGGAGAGCCAAGCCCUUACCAGCCAUUACCACAGCACCAACCAAUCUGCUACCAAACUGAUCAUCACAUCACAGAGGCUCAAAGCCCCUCCCUCGCCUACUCCCCCAGACUCCCAGCACUCCUCCCCCUCCUCAUCCCCCUCAACACCGUCCUCUCACGCUGACAGCAGAGUGUCAGGACACAAGCGAGCGAGCCGUCACGUCCCGCCCACCUCCAGCGAGCUUUUGGACCUCAUGAGGACGUUCUGUCAAAGCCAAAUGGUGUCAGAGCACGCAGGGUUUCUAAAGUACGUGGAUGAGUGUCUAAACGAGUCACCACCAGACAAAGUGAAGAGACUGAAGAAGAAGAUAAUCGAGACGAUACACAGCAUGUCGGAGGAGGUUUAGUGUUUCAGUUUUUUUUUUUUAUUAUUCCUAUAGCUUCCUAACAGCUAUGAUAACAUUACUCACCACCUGUCAUAUCAUUCUAUUGGACCUGGUUAGAAACCUUUAUAAGGUUCUAACAGGGUCAGCAUCUGUCUCCAAAACCCCCCAUUGAAGAGAAUGUUACAAUAAAGCCCUCUACACACAUUCAAUGGCAGAUUAGCUUCAGCUGUAGUUUGUCUGGGGAGAGAGCAAAGACACCAAACCUACCAAACCUUUCAGCAGCACUACCUUUGGGUUUUACACCUCACAGCUUCGCUCAAUUUCAUCUUUUGAUCUCGUACAAUAAUUUGAUAAUGUAAAAAUAUUUGGGGUCAUGUCCGUAUAUCGUACGAUACAUUUAUUAUCGUUACAGACAUACCUAUGAUGGAGAAAACGCUAAUGCAAUUUUUCAGAGUUCCUCAUACUGUAAAAUGGCACCUUAAAAUCACAACACAAAGGAAGGCUACAGCAGUCGCACAGGGCUACCAGAUGUGAGAUGCAGAUCCUAAAGUCUACUACAAACACCACCUUAAAAUGACACGACAAUCGUGAAUAUCAUUCACAGAAAUUAUAUUCAACCAUUUUUAUAUUUCUAGCAUAGAAAUGAUGGACAAACUGAAAUAAGACAGGUUGAAAAAAACUAAAGUCGUGUUUCCACCGCAUGGUACGGUUCACUCGACUCGAUUGGCCUCUCAAAAUUUCGUUUCCGAUAGUACCGCCUCAUUGUAGGCGGGAUGGUCAGCUGAUCUCCAUAACAACGCUGCUUCGAACUGCCGUGUAAACGGGAGACUCGCUGAAUUAUUUCAUAGCCAACCAAACAGAGGAACAUCUGCACUCUAUCAAUUGUAAGGCGAGGUGCAAGUGCGUCCCAUGUCUGAAAUAUGAUAUUAAAUAUAAUAUACACACAAUACACUCAACCCUCACUUGAUGCUCACUUUUUCAAAUAUCGCUUCAAAACGGUAUUCGGAGCUCAAUGUAUCCCACAAUUCACCACGGCCUACUACCAACACCACUCCAGUUUUAGGACUGACAGAACAGCUGGUUACACUUAACAAUCUGUUCAUCUAGAUGGGACUGAUAAUAAUAAUAAUAUUGUAUAUUUGACACUCAAGGUAAAUAUGAAAUAUUAUGUUCUAUCAAAUAUUAUGAGAGAUAUGUUUCGACCUUAAAAGUUUUAUCAGACACACUCCAUCAAAAUGUCUGACCUAUGUGCCUUUACUGCAUUUAAUGUCUUUAUUAAUUGUAUUGCUUGAUAUUUGAGUGAGUGAUGGGAUGUCUUUAUUAAUCAAGCGUGUCCCAAUGAGCUGUGAUAAACGUCCACACGCUGAUGGGCUUAAAGGGGCCUUGUGGAGUUUUCUUGUCACUAAACUCAUGUGUAUCCUUCAGGUCGAACAAACGUGUUGAAUGCACUUCCUCCUUUCAGUAUUCAUCUUUCCUGCCUUUGCUGACACAUUGCAGCAAAUAUUGGUGUAUUACCAGAUAACCAUAGGCAGGAAUGUGUAUCACGUCACCCACAUGCAUGUGCAUCCUCAUUGGAAUGCACCAGAUAAGCAAAACAUGGAGCCACUCAUAGAAAAAGUGUUCCACAGCGCUACUAGAGGUCAAAAACUCCACUUGGUACCUUAACAGGCACUUGGGCACUAUAGAAAUGACCAGAACUACAUCACAAAAGAAGGAACUCCAAUACUUGCGAAUACAGCAAAUGUAGGUAUUGCUAUAGACCCUAAAAAACGUUUACAGCUGCACAGUCUAUAGCCACUGUGAGACUAUAAUGCUCAUCACACGGCAGAAAAAAAGAACUUUGCUGUUCAUUUUAGGCUGUCGAGGUCAGCUCUACGUUGUCAGAGUUGGCUCAACUUCAGUGUAAACUGGUCUUUGUCUGGCUCAACUGGACAUUCAGCUAAUAACACUGCAUAAUAUUGACUUGCCAAAGGUAACAUCUUAAUGCAAACCAUAGCAUGUUAACAUGCAGAAGUUAUCAUCUCAGUCAUAAUAGAGGCGUCCUGUCACGAACCAAAGUUAGUGGAAGAAGAAAGGUAGGGAACCAAAGCCAUGUCAACUCAUUCUGGAAAACCUGCACUGUAAUAGAUAUAUAAUAAUAAUACAUUUUAUUUGUAUAGCGCUUUUAUAAAAACUCAAAGACGCUUGACAGUAAGUAAAAUAAAUAUAUGUGUGUAUAUAUAUAUAUAUAUAUAUAUAUAUAUAUACACAUGUGUGUAGAAUAGUAAUCAAAUGUAACAUUUAUGUUUGCUUGCCUUCAUUAUUUAACAUAUUGUGAUGUUAAUGGAUAAAUAACCUAUAACAUUUAGGUUCUGUAACUUUGCUGAGGCUCAGGAGGUAGAGUCCACCAAUUGGAGGGUCAAAGGUUCGAUCCCCAACCCCUGCAGUCAGCAUGUCGAAGUGUCUUUGGCAAAGAUACUGAACCCAACAAUGAUGGCCAACGGUGUGUGUGAAUGGGUAAAUGCUGACAUGUGUUGUAAAGCGCUUUGAAUGAUCGCAAAGAUUGGAAAACAGCUAUAUAAAAGCAGUCCAAUUACCACUUUAAAUAGUCUGAAGAAGUUACAUGUACCUCUUUUUUUUUGUAAACUUGUAGUGGUAUUACUAUUAUCUCAUUAUCUGCUGCACAGCUGUAAAAUAAUAUAUUUCAAGUGUAUAGGCCUGCAAAUAGCUAUCUUACACAAAACUGCAUGUAAUGACUUUUUUUUUUUUUCAUAUUUAUAUUUGAAUUAUUUGAUUGGUGUUUGUACAUGUUUCUUUAAAUUUGACUCAGUGCCUUAUCAGGAUCUGUGUAACUGUAAUCCAGUAAAUGUGCAGGAAAUUGUCUGAACGUCGGACUUAACAUGUAUAUUAUUAUUAAAUGUUCAUGUAUAAAAUAUAAUGACCAGCAGAAGAAGUGUAAUGUUUUUUGUAUUUUUUUCCCCCUCCAGUUUUCCUGGAAAACCUACACCGAUAAUCAUAUUUAUGUUGUGAGAUCAUCUUCACAAAUCACCACUACUUUCACCGGGGUUAAAGUUCACUGGUAUUAUUGAAAAUAAUAACUUUACA